AUGACCACGCACAACAAUACCGUUUACACACACACAAACACAAAAAUAGAUAAAUAUUCUGAAUCUUUCUAUGCAUUUGCCCAUUUUAUCUUAUUUUACAUGUAGUCAAGUGUAAAUCUACACGCACACUCACACACACUCACACACAAACACACAUACAUACACUUUAAUAUAUGCACAUAAAUAGUAUUUCAAUAAUUUUAUUCAAAUUAUAGUCACUAUGUUGUAUAUUACCAAGUAAAUAUAUUCAAACCAAGAUUGUUUCUCCUUUUUACAAUAUUGUAAUGAUCAUAAAAUGAGUAGUUUAAAAGCAAUUAUAAAAAGUGUUGAUAUGCCUGAUAUAAUGCAACAAGAUGCUGUAGAUAUAUGUGCUAUGGCAAUUAAAAAAUAUUCAAUGGAAAAAGAUAUAGCAGCAUUUAUGAAAAAAGAAUUUGAUCGAAAAUAUUCACCUAGUUGGCAUUGUAUAGUUGGAUCACAUUUUGGCACGUAUAUUUCACAUGAAGCAAAACAUUUUAUUUAUUUCUUUUUGGAUAAUCAUGCUGUUGUGCUAUUCAGAACUGGAACAAUCAAUUGAAAAUCAAUAUAUGUCAACUAAUAAUCUUUUUAUUGGACAAGUCUAUCAAUCUAUUGUAUCCUAUUGAUAACAGUACAAAAUUUCCUAUUUUCUAUAUACUGAUUAAAUCACCUUAUCUAUUCUUUUAUAAAGACAAAUCUAACAAACAAUCAAUAACUCACUAUAUAUAUUCUUUAUUUGUCUUACAUUUGUCGUCAUACUACUUAUUUACUUACUUACUUACGCCUGUUACUCCCAAUGGAGCAUAGGUCCCCGACCAGCUCCCGUGAUAUAUUAUUUCAUAUAAUCAAUAUUUUACAAGAAAUUCAUAUUUUCUAUCAAAAUGACUAUUUUUUUUCUUUGAGAAAAAAAACUCUUGUUCAGAAAAGAGCAUAUUUUAUUGUUGUUAAUCUUUAUAUUUGAUUAGAAAUAUGUUUGAAGUGUAUGAGAAUAAAAUGAUCUUUGUAUGAAUUAGUUAUGUUGAUGUAACUGUAAAUAUAGAUAUGAAUAUAGAUAUGAAGUAUCUUAGUUUUAGACAAAUUUCAAAGUGUCAGAACUAAUGGUAACAGUAGGUUGUUCAGAUGAAAAUAGAUAGAAUAGACAAAGAUGGAUAGUGGUUAGUAGUGGAAAUCAUGUAUACGCGUUUCAUCUUAUUUGGGACUUGUUACCUGGAUAUACCUUCAUCACAAAUUUGAUAAUAUGCACAUAUGUCAAUAAGAGAC